AUGACUGGGAGCGUCAAAGCCCGGAAGGCUAGGCAUUCGAGGCACGCUCACAGGGGCCACCCCGAGGCUAAGUCAUCUUCAGCUGUCACAUCAGUCACGGAAAAAGGCACGCCCCAAAGAACCGAGUCUCCUCCUCGUGCAUCGAAUCAGUCGCGUCCCCAGAUAUUGGCAGAGGGCAAGAGCCUGCCGCCUCCUCGUCGAAGCACUAAAAGCUCAUCGCCUCGGAGUUCAGCAAGCGCCACUCGUCGACAAGAUCUCGGAUUCUCACCCACAACCGCGUCACCAAAGACUGCAGCUUCUAUCGAUGCUAUGUCCCCUAUGAGUGACUGCAUGUCACCUGUCAGCCAAUCAGUGGGCUCGCGUGAGGCAAUGUCGUCUACCGGAACUACCGACAAUCGGUUAAGACCAGGUGCCGGCUUCCGGUCACCCGGUGCCUACCGCAUAGCGCAGCACGGCAUCGUGUCCAAUUCUGAUCCACACUCCCCAGACUCGGCCACACGAUCCAAGUUAUUCGAAUCUCGCUCGCUCUUUGCUUACGGUGCGGACGAGCAGAGGGAGCUCCUGUUCACCUACGUUGCUGUCGCGCUGACAGUGCUCGCUCUGUGCGCACUACUCACCGCCGUACUGCUGCUCGCGGUACCCGCACGCCCGCAAGACACCGUCUGUACUACGGCCUCAUGCACUGCGCUGGACUCCUUGCUGGCUGCUAGCGUGGACCAAACUCGAGAUCCAUGCGUCAACUUUUACGCACACGUUUGCAGUGGCUGGGCGCAGUCUCAAAACCAGUCUGUCUAUCGGAGCCACCUGCGAGAGUUCCUGGCAGACGUACACUGGGUUCUCGCGCGCGUACUCGUGCCUUCCCAAGCGCAGACGGCUUCACAGAUAGUGGCCGCUUUCUACCAGACGUGUACGGCCGUACUGAUUGACGGCAUCGACGAGCUGCCUUCCUUCCGCCGCCAGCUCCGCCUCGCGGGAGUGACGUGGCCUCAGCUGUCCAUCGAGCCAGACCUUGUCACCACAGCCGCUUCAGUGUAUGCUAUCUUUCAAGUAACGGCAAUACUGCGCAUACGGCCCUCAAGGCGUAACACGAGCAACGUGCUCGAAGUAGCUCCCGACGUGGCAUUCCUGCGCGGAUGGAAGGGCACACGCGAUCAACUCAUACAUGCUGGCGCCUAUGCACGUUUCUUUGAAGAGAUUAAGACUAAGUACGCCGGAAACGAGGGACCCACACGCUCUGCGAUGAACUACGAAAUGUUUUUCGAUGUCGAGGACACCGUUCUCCAAGCAUUAGUGCACUGGGGACAAACCGGCGGCGAAGUCCGAGUCAGUCGCAUUGACAGCCUCGUUCAAAUCACCAGAAGUGUUCCCACAACAACAUGGCGCGCGGUCGUUGACAAACUAGGACUUCCAGAAAAUGCGCUCGUCAUCGUAGUCAACUUGGAGCUCAUCAGGAAAGUGGAUGAGCUGUUUACUACCCUUGGAGAGCAGCGUCUGCAUUACUACCUCGGAUGGUGCGUGGUGCAACAGAUGAUGCGCUACAUCAGCAAGGACCUUGCCAACAGCUUGUAUGACUACGAGGGCGCAAGUGGCUUAACGGACAUGGCGAGCGAAUGGCGCGCGCGAGCCGAGUGCAUGCAGCUGAGCGAGAAGCUGGUGGGGCAGUUCACCUUCGGUCGUUUUAUCCUCUGGAAAACGGACGCUGAAGACUACGUGUACGUGUCCUCCGUGGUAGACGCUGUAUCGGGACAACUGAUGCACGUGGUCGGCUCGAGGAAUGGCCCCAGCGGCAGGCUACGCGCGGCCGAUUUCCACGUCGAGUUUCACGAGGACGCAAUGCGCGUCGUUGACGAGGCUCUCGGGAAAUACGGCCUCUCUAACCGCUCAUCGCUGCUCAGCAACUGGCAAGACAUCGCUGCUGCCAUGAGCACCAUCGACGCUACGUUCAGAGAUCGCAUCUCCACCACCUACACCAGAGACUUGGUCGCGGAGCAGCGCUACAACUUGUACGACAACAGAAGCGGAACACUCACUCUUCCUCCCUUUUUCGCGAUGCUUCCACUCUACAGACGGCACUUGAGCGACACGACCAAGUACGGUGCUCUCGGUACACUAUUUGCCACCGCCAUUUUCCAGCUCUUCCUUGCCAAGCUCGCCAGCUAUUCUGUCGAGUUCGACGGGGCCAUGCAAGCCCUGCGCUGCUUCGCCGAGUUGGCCGAAUAUCGCAGCGACCGCCUGGAGCUCUACCACAGUGCAGCGUCUGUCACGCUUGCACUGGAGGCGCUGCGGUCUCUUCCAAGCAGGGACCACCAGCGCCUUCGAAUGUUCGACAGCCUUCAGGUGUUUUUCGUCGUCAUGUGCUACCUCUUCUGCACUCCCAACACUUCUGAGGACACUAUAAUCGCCGAAACCAUCUGCAACGAGGCUGUCAAAAACAGCAGAGAGUUCGCAAUGGCCUUUCAGUGUUCUCCGGGAUCGCUUAUGAAUCCGGCGCACAGAUGCCACUUUUUCUAG